UGUUUAUUGACUUGGCCAUCUUCUUUCCAUAUAAGGAAGUUCAUGGCGCAUAAUGUUUGUAGGACUUAUUAUGCAAACAAAUGUCGGCAGGGAAAGUCUCUUUUUCAAAUUACCAAGUUUAUUUUGGCAAUAUCGGCUUACUUUAAGAGCGAGCUAAUAUUCAUCUUUUGUAUUAGUUUUAAUUUUGCGAGCGUCAGGGGAAAUAAUCGAUUCAGUCACCGUAUGUAGAAAAAAACAAAGAGUUAAAGAAAGCAGUUGGACUUCAACAGUAUCGCGGUUACGGUGUCUGUUAAUCUCAAGCUGAUUGAACCAAAAUAGGAACGAAUUUCUCCAUUAUUGAUGUUAUCAUACGGCUAUAGAGAGAGGUUUCAUUAUGGAUCCUAGAAAGUUUUUAAAACGACUUGCCCGUGAGCUUGGUUUAUUGCGAAACGAUCAGUCAAGUUCGACGGCGGAGCAAAAGGUUUCUCAACCUGAAAACUUCCAACAUCGUGUUCAUGUGGCUCUGGAUGAAAAUUCAGGCGGAUUUGUUGGUUUACCGCCACAAUGGAAACAGAUCGUUGAAAAAACUAAAUCGGAUGGAGAUUCGCUAAAUGAAAACGCGCGUUCUGCGUCGGGAACACGCUUCGCGCAAAGACUGCGCCACAAAAGCGACGAUCGCCGCGCGUUAGAUAGCACUUACUUGAGAAGAAGCAGAGAAAAUUUCGCAAGUCUUGCCGCUUCUUUGGACACACCGAGGUCAAGAGCUAGUGUCGCCGACAGUCAAGAUUUAAUCAUUGAAAGGCUAAAACGCGAGCUAAGGGAGUAUAAGGCACGGAAUCCACAGAAGAUUAACGAAUCUGCCGAAGAUGUGUUUGGACGUAGCACAAUGCGAGACCUUAAUAAUGCCUCGCAAUCAAUGGAAUCGUCAUCUAGGCUUGCAGUAUCAAAUCAUGGAAGGUUUAACAGUACACUUCCGAGGUCUUACGUGAGGGAUCCACAUAAAUUUGAUGAAUCAACUGUAGAAGACGAAGGACGAUCUUCAAUAGGCAAUCAUGUAAAUUCUGGACUGGGGGAGUCAUCUAAAAACGCGCUCUCACCCAUGAGGAAUCGAAACUCAAAAGGCGCGAUUCCAAAUCAUGGAAGAUUUUAUAACAGUACACUUCCGAGGUCUUACGUGAGUGAUUCACAUGAAUUUGAUGAAUCAAUAGAAGACGAGGUUUUUCCUAGUCAGCAUGAAGAACGAUCUUCAGUAAGCAAUCAUAAAAAUUCUGCAGAGUCAUCUAAAAACGCGCUCUCACCGAUGAAGAAUCGAAACUCACAUGGCGCGAUUCCAAGCCAAUCUCUAACGAAACUCAACGGUCUAAGGGCAAAUGGAAACGUAAGAUCCUUACGAAGAUCCGAAAGUGAGGUUUAAAAAAGGAAAAAAGUUCGUAAACGCUUUAAAUUGAAGGCGAUGUUUAUUGCGCCAGAGCUUGCGAACACCGUGGCAAAUUGCACCUGUCGCUUUGGAUGGUUUCUCUACACGAAGAAGCGACGAAUGUUUACACUUGUUGUCAAGAGAUUUCCUGCUCAAAGAAACAAUUUUUAAAUGCAAAAUGCACGUAUAUUUCAACGCCUACUGUUUUGUUUCGUGUAGAUGCCAUUAAAUUGGAAGACGCGGUGGUUUUGUGAGUAAAACCGCAACAAACUAUACUUUUAUUGAAACUAAUUUGCGAUAAGUAAAAUAUG